AUGGAGCAUUUGACGAGGAGGAGCGCGAUCCCCGAAUAUGUGGAGGAGAUGUUGGAGAGGUAUCCGGUUAUGCGGAAGAAGGGGUUUGGGUACCCCGAUGGCGCGGAAGAUGUGUUGUUUGAUUCUGGGUAUGAGCAUGUUGGCAAGACGAGGGCGUGUGCGAGGUGCGUGGAAGCUGGGAGGUGGGAGGGGAGAGUUGUUGCGUGGCCUCUACGAGAGGACAGGAGCCCUAUAUUACAUUAUGGCAUGAUUGUGUCGGGGUCGGCGGUGGUGAAACAUUCGCCGACAAGGUUGGUGGUCGAACAGGAGCAUAGGGCUACCUGCAUCGAGAUGGAGGCUGCGGGAAUCAUGAACUACUUCCCCUGUCUGGUCAUUCGAAUUAUCGGUGGAUAUGCAGCUGCGACGGCUGCUGUAUGUGCGAAGGAGCCACUGGAGUACGUGCCUGUCAAGGCAACAAUACUAGAUUCUAACAUGAGGCAACGACCGGGUGAGUGUGCUCCAUCUUCACGUGAAAUGACGUAG